GCUGUGUUUGUGCUCCUCUCUGAGUGUUGAUAGAUAUGUGUAGGUUUAUUUCUAUUGUCUUGCUCAUCAUUUAAUGCCAUUUAUUUGUUUGUUUGUUUGUUUAAUCUGCAUUUAGACUGAAAACCAGAAGGGCAGAGCUCGAGCCCCGGUGUGGGUGUGGAGCUGUUUGGCGAGAAUCACUUCCUUCACCAGGGGAUUCGCUGGCAGGGCAACCUGCUCCAGGAUGAAGUCUCACGAGGGAGAACUAGUGAAGGAGAUCUCUAAGCUGCAGGCAAUGGUGUUGGAGCUCAGGUCCGGGUUCUCUCGUGCUCUACUGGAGUUAAAUCAGAUUCAGCUCGGAGACACAGAGCUUCAGAACCAGCUGGAGGAGGCGAGACAUGGCUGUAACAAACGUACACUACACCUGGAAACACUCGUUCUCACAUUUAAGGAGGAACUGGAGGAGAUUCGUUGUCAGAUCCGUCAGCUGUGUGAUGAACAGGUAAAGUCAGAACAGGCGAACGGAAACACGGGAGCUCAGAGUGUCAGGGCUCACAGCUGUGUUGGUGUAAAGAAUGUUAGCAGCAGCACUAAUGGAAUUAAAAACGUUAAUGAGUUGAAGAUAGCUCCGCCCCGUUGUACAACAGGUGGCGCUCUUUUACUGCACUGUUACCUGCAGGGUCUGUGGGCGGGACAUAACUCAGGUGAAGUUUCCUCUCACUUCAGUCUCAGAGUUGAAGGAGCGUCAAGCUGCACACAAAAAGGCAGUUAUCAGUGUGUAAGUAUCUCACUGUUAAAGUCUGAGUGGGAUUAUUCCUCCAAACUCACCCUGCUUCAGGAUAAAUACAGAAACCCAACCUCCAGUCACACUGAGACACAUAAAGUGUUUGUCAGACACGUGGAUGAGAUGCUGCAGCGCCACCUGCUGUUCAGAAACAGUCUGCAGGAGAAGCUGUACACUGAUGAGCAGAAGCAUGUGCUGGGAGAUGCGUUCCUCAAACUUACCACACAGGACAAUUCAGCACUCUGUGCUGCAUAUCUCGGAUACACAGCCGCUCUGGCAACGAUCCUGACUACAGAGUUCAGCAGGGAUCCAAUUGAAAAACCACAUAACGCAAAGGAGGAAAGAGAGAAAAUCAGACUGCUCUCACUGCUAUUAGCACCAGUGACACACCUACACACCUACCUGAACACUGUACAGGCACUGCUGAACUGCUUGAGCAGUGAACACUUAGACUGGCGCUCGCUACACAGCAGCAAUCAGGUGCUACACAACCUUUACACUCGAUGUCACAUGAUCCUGGAGAGGACAGGGAGAUGGAGGGAUAGGGCGGGACAACCAGACGAGGUGGAGGAGUCAGUGAAUGGCCUCAGUAGCAGGUGUUGUGCUGAGAGCCCAGAGUGUGUGCGCUCUGCCUUCACCAAAUACCGUGCCAACGGACUUCAAAGAGAAACGCAUCACCUCACAGCACCACGCCCCCUACUGACCCCUGCUGGAAUACUGCGGAACUCUCAUGAGUGUUUGUAUGAGCCGCUGCCCCCUGCUGGCUGGACGGAGAGCUGCAUGUGGGAUUUCCGUCCGGUUCCUGCACGUCGUCCUCAGAACCCGUUUCUCAAUCCCGGAGCUCCAGGAGACCUUUCAGCCGCUGUCCCGACCCUGAAGUCCCCAUCGGGUUUGGCUGAACGUCUGUGCGGUUCCCCCGGGUUGGACGGUAGAGUGUGUCGCCCUGACGCUUAUGCUCUUCCUCAGCGCAUUGAUGACGCGGACACGGAUGCAGACGUGGGAGACGCUUCGGUGUUUGAUUACUCGUCCGUAACGACCUGCAGCCCGGAUGACACGCUGGAACUUCGAAGACAAGAUGAGGACGAGGAGGAAGAGGAAGACAGCGAGAUUCCUGUCCUGUUAAAGCCGUCGUACACACACACUUACACUGGUGGUGGUUUGCAGAAACAGGGGAGUGUGUGUACACGCUGGCAGAUACCCCGCGCUGCACCUCUGCCUCCUGCAGUGUGUGUUACGGGAACAGGACGACGCGCCAAUCAACACCGACGCAAAGUCCCCACCGGAGCCUUCAGGCCGAUUUGGGACGCACCCUUUAAACAGGGAGAUGGUGGUACUGCUAAAGAGAACAUGGUGUCCUUCAGCUCGACCAAUCAGAUCAUAAAUCCACAAAGACGGACAGACUCAUCACGCUCUGUGCACAGGAGUGUGUGUGGUGGUGAAGGGGACAGACUAUGGGACGACAGUGAUGACAGUGAGGGUCCCUGCAGCAAUGUCUAACACACGCUCUUCAUGUGUGAACAGACUCCCUCUUAAAUCUGACUAAUCAAAGGAUCUCCUUGACUCCAUCAAGUGGACUUCCCCGUGGACUCCAGGAGCACUAAUUACCCAGAAUGCACUGGUGCAGUCUCACACACACACCUUUUCAACAUGGCAGACCAAGUGAUGGAAUGAACACCUGUUGGCUUAGAGAUGUACUGCUGAUGUGAUGCAACCCAGUGUGUCUCUUUAUGGCCUCAUCCUAAUAUACGUUAAUGAGGAGUUAACAAGUGGACGCUGUCCGAUCUCGUCAUAGUAUCAGGAUGACAUGGAUCUGAUCCCGCUUUCCUUUUCACUUUUUGUCUCUCAUCUUUCUUCUGUCUUUUCAUUCUUGUUCUCUCACUCUGAUCUUUAAAGCCUUUAUUCAGCUGCUGUAAUAACUCCUGUACAUCCCUUCAUCCUUUAGCCCUUCCUUUAUUUGUUGUUCAUCCUUGUUUACUUACUUCUUUAAUUACAUCAAUUUUUUCUUCUGUCUUAGAUUCCUUUUUUUAUCCUUCCAUUUUUGUAUUUAUUUAGUUAUUGUGCUGAGCUUCCUUUUUAUUUUCAUCUUGAUGUACUUUUAACUUAAGGGGGGUCACGGUGUCUUAGUGGUUAUCACGUUCUCCUCACACCUCCAGGGUUGGAGGUUCGAUUCCCGCCUCCACCUUGUGUGUGUGGAGUUUGCAUGUUCUCCCCGUGCCUCGGGGGUUUCCUCCGGGUACUCCGGUUUCCUCCCCCGGUCCAAAGACAUGCAUGGUAGGUUGAUUGGCAUCUCUGGAAAAUUGUCCGUAGUGUGUGAUUGCGUGAGUGAAUGAGUGUGUGUGUGUGUGUGUGCCCUGUGAUGGGUUGGCACUCCGUCCAGGGUGUAUCCUGCCUUGAUGCCCGAUGACGCCUGAGACAGACACAGGCUCCCCGGAUAAGUUGUAGAAAAUGAGUGAGUGAGAGAGAGUGUAAUUUUAAUUUAUAUUUUAACCCUAUGAUGUUUUGUCACACCUCCUCCUCCUCCUCCUCCCUCUGUCUAAGUUGUUGUGUUUUUCAUGUGACCCUCUCAGAUUGGAGACACCAUGUGAGUUGAAACGUGAGAAAAUAAACAUGUGAGGAGAUUCCAUCACAUUCUGUACAAAAUAA